CGCAAUUAGUCUGAUAAAAGGUAAUAGCCGAGGAACAAAGCAGCAAUCAUGAAAUUCUUGGUUGUCCUCCUAGCGAUCGCUUCGGUCUGCGCAGCAGCUCCCAGCGCAAUUUUGAGCCCGCUGCUGGGUGGAGUGGGUGUUGUUGGGCCUCAUGUUGGAUCAACUGUGGUCGCUGGUCCUGCAACUGGAGCCGUCAAGGUAGCUGGACCAGUGGCUGGUCCAGCAGUGGUCACUGGAGCGGUAGCUGGUCCAUCAGCUGUCGUUGGAUCGGUUGCUGGACCCACUCUCGUCUCUGAACCCGGUCUUGGCAGCGUCGUCGUUGGUAACGCCCUGGUUUCCCCAGCACUAGCUGCACCCGCAGUAUUAGCCGGCGCAGCAGGCACAGUCGUCGCUGGACCAGCAACUUCAGCGGUCGUCGCAGGUCCUGUUACCAAAACAGCGGUGAUCGGUGCCUCUUCUUCUGCAGUCGUCACUGGAGGCGGUCACUGGUAGUAACGUAUGAAAACGAGCCUUGAAAUCAACCAUGUACCUCGUGGCUAAUCGAACACUAUUAUAAUAAGGGCGACUUUAUACUUUUAUUCUAGUUGUAUUCUAUUACUGUCUAUGCAUACCGGAACUAUGUAAGCUCAUAUAAACGAAUAAAGGGAAUUGUACUGAGAAGAUAAUUUUCACAGCA